GUGCAAAAUAAAAAAUAAACACCGAUUAAUUAUAUCGAUAUAUUCAGUUUAUUGUGUUCAAAAAGUUGUCUAAAAAUAUGUUUCCAAGUAGUGAAAUAUACUGUAAAGGAAGUUCAUUCGGAGGCCUUGUAUUGGUACCUUCAGAAGAAAGUCAACUUACUCCAUGGCCAAUAAGCGUAACAGUCUUAGUUCUCAAUAUGGUAAUGUUAUAUCCGACAUAUAAAUGGAAUAGGUUCAGCCUUAUUUCAGCAUUAUGGGCCGUUAUUAGUAGUUCAUUGUCUCUUUGGCGUGUAUGUAGUGCAAAGCAAGGUCCAAUGAUUGUAGCAUAUAAUAUGCCUUUCAACUUACCUUUAACAAUUGGAUCUAAUAUUAUCAGACUUACCCUUGAAGAUGGAACCAAAGGGUUUAAAGAAAGGUGGAAAACGUUCUUUAAAGUAAUUAAUGGAGAAAGUCCUCAGUAUACAACUUCAUCAACAGAUGAUGAUUGGAUAGAAUCGGAUUAUCAAAAUGAUAAAAACGGAAAAUCAUUUAAAAUUUAUUACCGAAUCGAAGAGAUAUCAAGAUUGUUUGCAUUAAUAGUUGCUCUUAUGGCUAUGAUGUGGGGCGUAAUUCGUGUGUGGGAGUGGUGGCUUCCGUUUGAUUCUAUAAAUGAUGAAAUAUGUUUGGCUAGUUUUCCAGAAAAUUUUCAUACUUCCAUAGAAAUACCUUCGUGUGGAUAUAUUAUUGCUGAUUGGGGCCAAGCUAAAAUUUAUAAUUGUAUUCAAUUUGAACCAGCUGUUGGAUGGUUUCUUAUUAUUGUAUAUACAGCACUUUGUGCAGCGGUACUCGUAGGAAUGUUUGUAAUUCGCGGUUAUUUCAUUUGGGCAUUGGGUGGUGUUGGAUCUGCAAUCUUGAUAGUUAUCUCUGGGUUACAGUCUACGUAUUCAACGAAUGGUUACUGUGUUGAAUUUGUUGCAAAGUUGAUGAGAUUACCUUCAACACAAAAACCACAAAUACUUAGCCACCAAAGUUUGAUCAACCUGUGGUGGUAUCGAUUUGGUUUAGUACAGUGGGCAAUCCAUUUGUUUACCAUUCACGGAUGAAGCUAUUCAGUAGAAAGGGUAUAUUUACAUUAUAGGAAAAUUAAAAGGCUAUUAUACCAGAGGAUUAAAAUUUCGGAAAUAUGAUUUUUAUUUACUGCUGUAUAGUAAGACCGAUACAACUUGAUUAUGCAUGCUUGUAUAUUAUUUAUUUAUUAUUUAUUUUAA